AUGGCUUUGAAACUGACGCAUUUAGCCGCGCCAGCGUCGUUUCUAGCCACCCUGCUCGUUCUCCAACUCCUCGCAACAGUUGUGUCCGUCCCGACCACGGUUCCGUCCGAUACAUCAAAACUGGACGCGUGGAUUAAGAGCAACAUGAGAGAGUACAAGGACGUCUCAGCAACCAAGUCUAUAGACCAGGCCCUCCUCAUUGCUGAGAAGAAGGAUAAUGUCAAGGUGAUCAGGGUCAAAAAAGACGGUACCGGAGACUUCAAGACCAUAACCGACGCCGUCAAGAGCGUCCCUUCAGGAAAUACGAAGCGAGUGAUUAUAAAGAUUGGUCGGGGUGAGUACAAGGAGAUGGUAAAAAUUGAUAGGUCGAAGCCGUUCAUCACCUUUUAUGGGGAACCGGGCAACAUGCCCAGGAUAUCGUACGACGGUACCGCCAAGAAAUACGGCACAUGGUACUGCGCCACGGUGGCAGUCGAGUCUAACUACUUCGUGGCCGUCAAUAUUGCCUUCGUGAAUUCAGCCCCAGCUCCAGAUCCUCGAAGGAAUGAUCAACAGGCUGUGGCAAUGAGGAUAUCAGGGGACAAGGCAGCAUUCCACAAUUGCAAGUUCAUAGGGUACCAAGACACCUUAUGCGAUGACGUCGGCAGGCAUUUCUUUCGAGACUGCUACAUCCAAGGCACUGUCGAUUUCAUAUUUGGAAAUGGAAAAUCCGUCUACUUGAACACCACGAUAAAUUCGGUUGCAAAGGGUUUGGGUGUGAUAACAGCACAAGCAAGGGAAAAGGUUGAUGAUGUGAGCGGAUUCACAUUCAUCUACUGCAAGAUCAUCGGCACCGGCGAUACAUACCUUGGCCGCGCAUGGAGGAAGAUGCCUAGGGUGGUGUUUGCUUUUACAGAGAUGGGUACUCUCAUCAACAGUAAAGGGUGGUCUAAUACUGCAAGCGGUCAGGCCAAACAGGGCAUGUAUUAUGGAGAGUACAAGUGCAAGGGACCAGGAGCAACCCCCGCCGGCCGAGUCAAAUAUGCAAAGAUUCUAUCCGAUGCGGAAGCAGCACCCUUCUUGAGCAUGACUUUUAUCCAAGGAAACAAGUGGAUUCUCGCACCUCCCAAGCUGUGAGCGUUAAGUAUUAUAUUAUAGACCCAAGGGCCAAGGCUAGGCAAUCCACAUCUUUAUAUGGCAAGGAUGGAUGUACUGA